AGAGCAACAAAAAAAUCAUAACGCUCAAAAUUUACAAUUUUUCUGCAAGAUUGAUUUCUCCCAACAACAAAAACGAAAACAAUAACAGUAAUGUCGUGUUCGUUAGCCAUUUCUAACUCUCCUGUGUUUUCUCCUUCUUCUUCUCUUUUUGAAACGCUAACUCUCCCACUAACACACGUUAAGUUUUCGCCUUCCUCUUCUUUGUCUCCCACUCCUUCUUCGCCUUCCUCUCCUUUUCGGUUUCGUCUUCAGAGGCUACCCUCUGGAACGACGUCGAAUUCCUCGUCUUCUUCGUCGUCGGCUGCAGUUGCGGGUGCCGUGUCUUCACAGACGAUCUUGAAGAGAAAGAGGCCGGCGAAGCUUGAUAUUCCUGUGGCUUCCGUGGCCUUUGGAGGAUUGGUAGCUACUCCUAGAGAAGUGAAAAGAGAUGAAUUGGAAGAGGAAAGAGAAGGGUACUUCUCUGUUUAUUGUAAAAGAGGAAGAAGAGAAUCUAUGGAGGAUCGUUACUCUGCCGUCACUGAUUUUCAAGGAGAUUCCAAACAGGCUAUCUUUGGCAUUUUCGAUGGGCAUGGAGGUGCCAAAGCUGCUGAAUUUGCAGCAGAGAAUCUAGAUAAGAACAUUUUCAAGGAAGUAAUGAAGAGGGAUGAAAAUGAAAUUAAGGAAGCAGUCAAACAGGGUUAUUUGAAUACAGAUUCUGAGUUUCUAAAAGAAGAUGUUCAUGGUGGCUCCUGUUGUGUGACAGCUUUGAUUCGAAAAGGAACUCUUGUUGUAUCAAAUGCUGGUGAUUGUCGCGCUGUUAUGAGCCGUGGAGGCCUUGCUGAGGCCCUGACAUCUGAUCACCGCCCCUCAAGGGAGGAUGAAAAGAACAGAAUUGAGACUAUGGGUGGCUAUGUUGAUUUGUGUCAUGGUUCAUGGAGAGUGCAGGGAUCUCUAGCUGUGUCUAGAGGCAUUGGCGAUCGCCACCUUAAACAAUGGGUAAUAGCUGAGCCGGAAACAAAAAUCAUCAGAAUCAAACCUGAAUAUGAGUUCUUAAUUCUAGCAUCUGAUGGCUUAUGGGACAAGGUUAGUAACCAAGAAGCAGUUGACAUUGCUAGCCGUUAUUGCAGAGGCAUUGAUGUAGCAGCUCCAGCACCAAUGUUAGCUUGCAAAAAGCUUGUAGACCUCUCUGUGUCACGAGGCUGUGUUGAUGAUAUUAGUGUGAUGCUGAUUCAAUUGAAUCAUUACAUUUGAUUGUCACCCAUCACUGCAUGGUAGGAAAUCCAACCAACGUCCAGGCUGAUAAAUAUUUUCUUCACUGGUGCGAGGUUUUGAGGUUGGCAAUGGAGUUAGAGUAGCUUAAUCUAGUCUUUAAGUAUUUAACCACAGGAGAAUUCUUUUAUUGAUUUAUUCAUAGAGAUUCAUUGACCUCGAUCAUAUGUAAAUAAUAAGUUAAUUAGAGAUGCUCGAUACUCAGAUUAUUUUUAGCCUUGUAUGAAUAAUAUCACCAUCGUUUUUUC